AUGGGGUGCUGCGGUGGAGAAAGAGAGAAGUUUGGCAACUUGAGCGCCGAACAGAAAUGGGACUACAUUAAUCUUGACGAUUUCAGGUCCUCGUCGUGCUGGACACCUUUCGCCUAUGGCUACCUCAUGGUUAUGGGUAUCGUCUCGAUAUCCGUCUAUGCUGUCGACACCUUUACUGCAAUCAACCUCCUCGCCUUCGACAAGUGGGCCGGCCAGAUCAAGCCCGAGAUACCCUUGAACAUCUCACGAUGGAUCUUUGCCGGCUGUAUUAUCCUGUCGUUCAUUCUGCUCGUCUAUCGAUGGGUGAGAGCCGUUCGGGUCAUGCGUCAAGGAGGGGUUGCCAAAAGCUAUCUUGACCCUUUGGCUGUCCGCGUACAAUCCAUCCGAUGGGGAAAGGGAAGAGGAUGGAGACGGUUUCUGGUUUUUGCCGAGUUGACAAAGAGUCGGAAGGGCGCUGACUACGUUGCCCUUUUCACUUAUUUCUCUUUUGAAGCUUGGCUUAGGAUCGUCUUCGCCGAAGGACCACGACAGGUGGUAAACGCCAUCACCUUGUACUCAGUCUUGAGACUGAAACUAGUCCCAGAGGGUGAACACGCGCCUUCGGACGGCCACUCACCCGUGGUACAAUUUUUUGUCAACGUGGGAAUAUUGGCCGAUUCCAACCACCUGCAGGCGGUUAUCCUCUUCGGCAUGUUAUGGACCCUUGUGAUAUGGGUUAUCUCGGUUAUCAGUCUGAUCGUCUCGGUUAUCCUGUACCUCGUCUUCCUCUGGCAUCACAUUCCGACGGAGGAUGGCGGUCUCACAGGGUACUGCCGUAACAAAAUCAACAAGAGGAUGGAGAGAGUCGUGAGGAUCAAGGUUGACAAAGCACUUAAGAAAGAAAAUGCCAUUCGCGCUCGGAAAGAGGCCCUGGCUGGCCGUGGGGGGAUAAUGUCAGACAUUAAGAAGCAACCCACGCUCCCCGACCUUGGCGAUGUUGGCUCCCUGCCAACUUUGUCGAGGACGACGACGAUGACGACCCUUCCGGAGUACACAUCCCGUCCAACCACCAGCAGAAACAGUGGUGAUCCCGUUCCUACUCUGCCGACUUUGCCUAAUAUUGCACCGCGUCCGCCUAUGCCUUCACGGACGGUGACGCAUGAAUCUGCAGCAUCGUGGUCAAGCUACAAAUCAGAUGCUCCUUUAAUGGGCAAUGCAGAAGAGAUGGGCUUUGCACAAGAUCGGAUCCAAACGCCCGGGUCCGAGUUGAACGGUGGUUGGUAUGGAAGACCUGCAAAUCGGAGCGUCACGAACCUGUCGCAACCAUCUCUUCGGUCUUUCAGUCCCGCGCUUCCUCGGCCAGGGACAGCGCAAGGAGAUAGGAACGGCCCUGGAUCAUAUCAAAUGGACCCCCUUCCGCGUCCAGGUACGAGUAAUUCCAAUGGUGGACGCUUCAGACAGGCCUCCGACGAAAACAGUGCUCUUCCGUACCCGAUGGAUCGAAGUUUGACACCAUCCGAUGAGCAGCCAUCACGGACGGGACCAAUUUUUGAUAGUCCAAUCGACGGAGCUGGUCGUCGUACCCCAGCUGUCGCGGUCGGCCCGACAUUUCCACGUAUUCCUGAAGAGCAGAGCCGGAUGUCACCACUACCCGGACCGCAAUUUCGCUCACAAACUCCUAGCCAACGACCUCCGGAAAGAUCAUUCACACCCGCAGGUUUGCCUCCAGCGAGGUCAAUAACCCCGAGUGGCGCUCCCACUUUACCACGAUUACAGACCUCACAGUCUUCUGGCUACAUCCCAUACUCUGCAGGACGAUCGAUGACACCGGCCUCGUCAUCGAUUCCCCCAAGUGCUACUAUUCGUAGCGUGACUGACCCAGUUAGAACGUAUACACCUUUUGGACAGCAACCACAGGGUCUUCCCAGUGGCUCACGAGGAGGCUCAGCACCCUACAGAGAGGGGAGGCAGGAUACCGACGACAUCUUGGACCAUUAUUGA